GUGUUUGUUAUCCUUGGUACAGCCAAAAUGUUGGUAAUGUCAUCGUUCUUCAAUUAUCCCCGAGCCGCCCACUUGGCAGUUACGAAUUUACCCAUAGCCGACUGUUUUUAAUAAUAAUAAUAAUAUACGAAAUUCAACAUACCUCGUCGGUGGCCGAUGGAGGUUAUGCCUAUGUUGUCAUCACUUUUCAAAUUAAGCGUAAUAUUCAUCAAUUUCAUCUCCGACGAACGUUGAUAUAGAGGAGAGAAUUACAUAUUAUAUGUGUAACAUACAUAUAUUGUGAUUGUGCAAAAACAAAUCAGUAAUAAAUUCCACCAUUUUAACGUGGUCGUGUUAAUUCCCUCUUUCCAUCGACAUUGUACGAUCAAUGAGGGACAAUAAUUUAUUGCGAUCAAAAGUGAAAAAUGGAAGAUACAAAAGUGAACAUUACAAGCAGCCUCAGCGCCCCGCUUCUUCCGAAGAGCAUGGAGCGUAGGCCACAUACAUUUACCUCACACUUUUUACUCUCCCGCAACAAGUGUUCUCUAAUCGAUAUUAUUCUCUGCAAAACUCUUUCAACAAUGCAACACAAAAACGAGUUCUUCGUUUUUUCUCGUUGAUGAUUAUAUCGGCUAAUAUACAUAUCUUUUACUUAGAAAUUUAUCAUUUGAGAUCAUACACAUAUAUAUAGAUAAAUAAUAAUGUAAUAGAACAAAUUAAGCCUUUCGCGACUUUGUCGUGUCGACCAUGUUUGCCGCGUCACCAGUCGUUCAUCCUUUCUCCUCUUUAAUUCUCCUUAUAUUUCUCUCUGACGAUGGAAUUAAAAUCCCAUCAUUAACAGAAGUAACACACUGCACUCGUUCAUUAGCAUCGUCUUUUAUCCGUCGAAUCGACAAGAUGAUUUAUUUUUUCAGAAAAUGUUCCUCGUUAUCAUUGUCGACGACGAUGUUCUUUCUCUCUCUUUCUCUCUAUCAUUCUACGUCUUCGUUGGCCCACCCGGCGGCGCGUUGCAAUCGAUUUCAAAAUCCGACGACGCACGCUCUGCGCGUCGUCGCCACCGCCUGUUGUACCUCCUCCUCAUCAUCCUGUCUGCCCUCGCUUUCUAGUCAGUGCCAUCGCUGCGGCGAAACCGGUAGACGUUCACGGGGACAUGGUCCAGGAGCUUGCAGCCAGGACCGUCAAGUGGUGAUCGUUAAUUUUAUCGCAAAGCUGAACAGUGGCAACGGUUAAUAACGGUGUUUCCCGUGGUGACGCGUACGAUGUGCCGCAGGGUGUGAAAAAGCCUACGUUGCGUCACGCCCAGAAACAUCUAUGGGCCAUAAACGGUGGUGGCAAGGAGGCUUGGUGGAGCUACUGGUGCUCUGUACGCUAGUCCUCCAUCACGCUGUCGUUCUGGCUGAUGGUGACGUCGGAUGUCUAUUCAGCGAGGAUAUAUGCGAUCCCCAGACGGAAAAAUGCUUUGACGAUCUGGCAUUUGGAAAAUGUAUACCUGGGUACACAAAUUUAGAGAAUGACAAUUUGUAUCAAUAUAAUAAUCUUGAUAUCGAUGAAUUGGAGCUGCUACAAUCGAUGAGACUGCAGUUGAUGAGACUGGAAUCUGACGGAUAUAAUUGGAAACAUCCCUUUACCCAAUGUAUUGUGCAAACUCUGUUGCAUAAUCUCCGUUAUGGACAAAACAAUCUUCGUGAUUUUCGUCUCUGCCAAUAUUUGAAGAAGCCACAUCUUGAUGAACAAGAUGGAUUUAUUGACGAGAUAGUUCCAGCGGUUGCUAUACUAAGAAUAUCUACAGACAACGAAAAUACUGAGAAUAAUUUGGCCAAUGUUUUGUAUCGUCCCACAGGCAUUGAAGACAAAUCUGACUACAUGAUAUGGCAUAAUGACGAGAGUGAUCGGGCUUCAAUCAACGAUGAGAAAUACGACGAGUACGGAAAAUCACUGAACGAUGUGCGCGAACAAUUUUAUCCGCCUAGAACACGUCGAUUCAGCUUCAUCGAUGAUUAUGAAAUGAAAAAUGAUGUUACCGAGUCUCUCGAGGAUACUUUGAGAGACAAGAAUGGCGAUGAGAAUAUAUAUGACACGCAACUUUUGUCCACCAACCUUGAAUUUUUACAGAACGUAAAAUCGCCAGAUUACAUGUUAUUGAAGCCCUCCUCCGAUGCAGAGACAAAUGAGAGAACAUUCUCCAGGAAAUAUAAGCAUCGGAAGAAGCCACUACGUUUCGAAUUUUCCGAUGCUGAUGCGAAAAGAACGAUGAUCAGGCGCAAUGAGGAUCUCGACUAUGAGAAUAGUGAAAUGGAUAAAGAGAAUUCGGCUGAGAGAUUCGAGGAUACUUCGAAAAUACGCGGGAUGUACACCGAGGGAGGAGUUGUGCGACCUACGGAGUAUAAAAUUAUAUCCGAUGCGAGUGGAGCUGUAUAUGACGAAAUAUACGACAACGACGACGACGACGACGACGACGACUUGGAUACGCUUUUAUGGAGACGAGAGUUGGCUGGCUUUAAGCGCAGAGAACGCUUAGACGUUAAGAAACCUGGCCCUCCAUUUUCGACGAAUAAUUACGCAUUUAAAUCCCAAUCUCCGGCUACCCAUCUUGACAGAGAUUAUUCCGAGACGGACAAUCAAGAUAAUAACGAAGUAUACGCGCCAUUGACUAAAAAGGAAUUACGCGGUAAUAUAUAUAAAACAAUAAACGAUGAUGGGUCAGAGACUUACAAGAACGUCGACUUAGAUUAUGUCUACAUUGAAUUUGAGCAAGAGUUUCAUACAUGGUCUGAAGGAGAACACGUGGUUACUAAGGUUGAAGAACUCCUGGGAUUGCCUCUCGGAACGUUAAGAGAUACACGAGUGGGCCGUGCGGAAGUAACGUUCAAAGUUGUUGAAAAUGACAAAAAUUACACUGCAACUGACGUUGUUAACAGCAUCGAUAAAAUACGUGGUAAAUUACAAAAUGCGCUAGGAAUCCAAGUUGUUCGAGCAGGUAUAGGCGAUAAGACUAAAUUACCAGCUACUCUGGAAGUAGCUAGAGAGAGCGAGAUGAGUUCCAGUUUUUUCGGUGCGUUGGUAGCUGCUGGAGUUGCGGCUGCGGUCGCAGCUGCAGUAGUCACGCUUUUAAUUGCGCGUCGCCACGCCAAAUGUCGAGCGAAGCUUGCUGGACUGGCCACUCCGGAUCCAGAAGCAUCCAAGGACUAUCAAGACUUAUGCAGAGCAAGAAUGCAGGCAAAACAACCGAGUGAAAAGUUGGAAUCGCCACGUAUCACAAGCUUGUCGCGUGAAAACGAAUCCAAUAAUUUGCCCUCCAAUCGCUCCAGCACAUCCUCUUGGGGCGAGGAACCUACUCUCUCCAACAUGGACAUAUCGACUGGUCAUAUGGUUCUUAGUUACAUGGAGGAUCAUUUGAAAAAUAAGGAUCGUUUGGAUCAGGAAUGGGCGGCAUUGUGUGCUUACGAAGCCGAACCAUCGUCCACGGAGGUCGCGGAAAGCGAGGCGAACGUCAAACAGAAUCGUCCCAGCUCGGCACUUCCCUACGAUCACUCUCGAAUAGUCUUGAACGAUCUUGCAAAUGCCAAUAAUUCCGACUACAUAAACGCUUCCACGAUCAAGGAAUUUUGA